GAUCGACAACAAUCGCAUGCUGAGCUGCUGUCGAUUGGACCCACUCGCCGGUGGCGCGCAGCUGCAGUAGUGUUUGCCUAAUAUGCAAUUUCCCACUGUUGCACCACAGCUUGAUAGCCCCAUCUGCUCGUCGAGCGCUCGUUCAGCAUCUUUCAGCGGGCGUGCGCAUUUGCCGUUUCAGUCCUCUAUCACCAAUGUCGCUCAACUGCCGCAAAGAAGACAACGCAGAAGAAGUCUUGUGAAGGCUCAGCCAGCUGGUCUCAGGCUGGAAGCUGGCCCAAAGACAAUGCAGAGAGAUACAGUGACGCUGCCAGAGACACUUACAAGCAAUACAGAGCCAGCUCUGCUCGCGGAACCGCCUGUACACUUUGGGGACCUAGAGCAGUUUUACCACGUGCUCAACUUGUCAGUGCAGCUCAGCACGCCACCUCCGCGCAGCUCGCAGAGUCCAGGGGGUGGAAACGGCAAGAAUGAUGAAUUUUACGCCAACGUUGGGAAUGCCAUCAGGACGCUCAGAGAAGAGAUACCACUCCUCUUCCAGCAGGACUUCACAUAUGACAUCUACAGGGAGGAUAUCGUCUUCCGGGACCCAAGGAAUACUUUCAAGGGCCUGAAGAACUACAAGACCAUCUUCUGGAGCUUGCGCUUCCAUGGGAGGCUCUUUUUCUCUAGGCUGUAUGUGGACCUGCCAAAUUUUUGGAGCACAGAGCAGUCUUCUUUGACAAUCAUGAUGCGUUGGACAGUUCAUGGCAUUCCCCGAGUCCCAUGGAAAGCAGAGGGCAUUUUCGAUGGUGUCUCUACCUUCAAGUUGGACCGCCAGGGGAAGAUCUAUGAGCACCAGGUGGACAAUGUGAUUCUUCGGGACCCCCCCAUGCUGCGAUCGCCGCUGUUUGCCGGGCUGAAUCUGACACCGCUGCUGCAGCCGCAGCCGCAGACGCAGCCGUGCCCCGGUGCUUGGUGCAACAACGCCACUAGCACACCUCUGGCUGCCGAGGCACUGGAGAGCCAACCCCAGGCUUCCACCCUCCAUCAAGAAUCGGAGCGGGGAAACCGGGAGGCCGGGGGGUCCGUGCUGCGGGGGGUCCGAGGGAUCCUCAACAGGGACGCGGCGUACCUCCGUCAGGCGCUGUCUGAUAGGGGCGUGCAGAGGGAGGUGGCCUCUCUGGUGCACCAGGAGCAGUUUCCCCAGCCGCCCUGCCAGAUAUGA